AGACGGCCCCAAGCUAGCUUCGACUGGGAACAUUUUGUUCGAGCCCCAUACAUUUCUUCACAUUCUCUACGUCUACAGUUUGGUUGUGUACCAGUUCAAAAAUUAUUUCAAAAUUUUUGCCAUCAGGAAAAAAGUCAAAAUGACGGACAAGCCGAAGCGUCCUAUGUCCGCAUACAUGCUGUGGUUAAACAGCGCGAGGGAACAGAUAAAAUCUGAAAAUCCUGGCUUAAGAGUAACCGAAAUAGCCAAAAAAGGCGGUGAAAUUUGGAAAUCAAUGAAAGACAAAACUGAAUGGGAACAGAAAGCUGCCAAGGCCAAGGAGCAAUAUGCAAAAGACCUAGAAUCUUACAAUGCCAAUGGCGGUGGUGGCGAAGGGGGCGAAAAGAAGGCUCAAAAACGAGGGAAAAAGGGCAAGAAAACUGCUGCUGCUAAAUCCAAGAAAAAGAAGGAAGAGUCUGAGGAAGAGGAGGGUGAGGAGGAGGAAGAAGAAAGUGAAUGAUCUCCCAAACCUUAAGACAUUACUGUUCAUAUUGAAUAAUUUACUUGGACUUAAUUUAUUACAAAGUAAAACGGGACUGACUUUCCAAAGUCUGUAUGUAAUGCAUUUGACAUUGAUUUUGAUUAACAUUUAAUGAGAGUUGGAAUCAUCUUUAACUGCAACUGGUAUUUUGUUUAUAAAAUGCAAUUAAAUAAUUCAUUUCUUGAUUCAAUAUUCCUUUAAUUUUCUUAAUAUUGUAGUGUUAGUUAUGAUAGAUAUAAAAUAAGAUGCAGAGUUUGGAAAGUUUUGCCGCACACUAGGGUCUAGGUUUCUAAGCCUCAAAAAAAUAAUGUGUAAGUGUUAGCAUGUAUUUCACCAGGGAAUUGUACAGUUAGCCCUCCCUCGUUAAGUUCGCUGUGACUUUGUGGAUGCUUAUUUUGAGAUAUACUUUUGACUGGUUUUAUCAAAACUUCUAUGUCUGCACCAAUAUCUAAUUAAAGCUGUGCUUUUUAUGAAUUAUUUUAUAUCGAUUCAGUUUUAUUUUAAUGCUGAACUAUUGGACAUAAGUUUUGGUGUAACUAUCAAUAUGUAAAAUUAGAGACUUAUUAUAAUGUCUACUCCUUGGAAGGAUAUUGCACCCGCUUGUUCAAACCUACCUCUUCAUUGUAAAUUCAUUGCUAAUAAUGGUACCAAACAAUAAGCUUAAGCAUUUGUCGAGGUUACCUCGUGGCUUUAUUUAGGACUUAUGCAUAUUAUAAAACUAUACCACAUAAGUGUCAUUUUAAUCUUGAGACUCGCCUUUCAGGUGAAUUCUAGCAUAGAUUUGUGGCAUUACCAUAAAAAUAAUCUUAAGAAAUUCAUGUGUAUGUUGUAUUUUAGUUAGUUAUAGGUAGGUUGUCGAUGUGAUUUGUCUCUCAAAUUUUACAUUUGUGUUAUAUUGUAAAUGAGAAUUAGCAUUCCUCAUGUCAAUACGGAUUUUACAUGUUCAAUAAAGUAAUUUCUUAUAA